CAUAUUUAAGUUUCAAAGUGUCAAGAAUGACGGGUUUGAGUUAGACAAUUUCAAUUUAGACUACUUGUUGAAAAUUAAAUUCAUGUGUUUUGAACCAAAAAAUACACUGUAAUUUGAAUUACUGUUAUUAAAAAUAUCUUUCAUUUACAGAUCAAUAAAGACAUCAAAAUGUCUUGCAUUGCGUCAACAAGUUUUGCCACCCCAGGAUCCUCAAAUUUAGGUCUUAUCGGCGCGAACGAUCCCAUCAAUGAUUUCAUACCUGAUCCAUCGACAGGUCUAUCCUCUUCACUUGCUUCGAGUAGCCGGUCUAUGGGAUCACCUUUGGAGGUUAAUUCUUCUUCACUAACUUCAAGCAGCCUGUCAAUGGGAUCUCCUUUAGAGGGUCUAUCUUCUUCGCUAGCAUCAAGUAAUCGAUCUAUAGGAUCACCUUUAGAGGCUCUCUCUUAUUCUCCACAAGCUCCAAGCAACCAUUCUAUGGAAUCACCUCCAGAGGUGCAUCCUCCUUCUCCAAUUGGCUCAGGCAGACCUCCUACGGGAUCACGUACAGAGGUUCGUCCUCCUUCUCCAAUUGGUUCAGGCAGACCUUCCAUAGGAUCGCGUUUAGAGGUUCAGCCCCCUUCCCCAAUUGGUUCAGGUCGACGUUCUAUAGGACCACGUUCAGAGGCUCUUACCUAUUCUGCGGUCGCUUCAGGUUGUUGUUUCAUGGAUUCACCUCUUGAGGAUAUCCCCUGUAGUUCAACUUGUGAUCUCCCUUCAAUGAAUGGUUUAGGGGUAUCAUCUACACAGGCUCUGGCUCCUUCCUUAGACCGUCGUACUAUGGAACUGUCUUUAGAAGCCCUAUUUCACAAUGUUGUUACUUUAAGUAGUCGUUCUAUGGAAUCAUCUUUAGAGGUCAGUAGAAGUCCACAUUCUAUGGGAUAUUCAUGUCAUAAACAUGGUCAACCUCAUAGCUUAUUUUGUCGCACGUGCCAUAUUCCAGCAUGCACUGAAUGUAUUACGGAAGAGCAUAAUGGUCAUCAGUUCAUGUAUAUCCAGGACGCUAUUCAUUCAGCCAGAGAGACGAAUCACAAACUUCAUGUUGAAGCUCGUCAAACUAUUGGUAUCAUUAAAAACGCAAUAGAAAACAUUAAACGUGUUUAUGAAAAUGUUGAACAAAGAUCUAUUACAGCUGUUACGGAGACUAAAAAACUGAUAAGAAGUUACAUGAACGCUUUAAACAACAGAGAAGCUGAGCUUUUACAAAACAUAGACAAAACUCGACAAAUUAAAGGCAGACUACUCACGUCUCAAUUAGAGAAUCUCAGCCAUGUUUUGACAGAACUUAUGCGAAUCUCCAAUUUAUUAAAUGAAUCGUCAAAAAUUAAUAAUACAAUCGAUUUAUUAAAAUUGAAUGAUACAGCUACCAAUGAAAUGAGACAGUUGAGAGCAGUACGGCCAGAAUUAACACCUUGCGAAGAUGAUGAUGUACUAUUUCUUCCUCCUGACAAUACUGUAUUUCGUUUAUUAUCCACAAUAGGUGGUAUCGGCAUAAAUAAUUCCUCCAGAAUAUUAAAUAAUGGUGCUAAUACCCAGAAUAAGGUAUUUUUAACCAUUCCUAGAAGAGUAACAGAAGUUCAGCCCAUGAGUCAAACUAUCUAUGGUGCUAACCACAUUGCCGUUGAACAUAAUCCGGUACCAUCUCUAGUAUUCGGUUCCGAGGGAAAGGAAGAUGGUGAAUUAUGUAGACCAUGGGGUGUCUGUUGCGAUUUUAUGGGACAUAUAGUUGUUACUGAUAGAAGUAAUAAUAGAAUACAAGUUUUCAGCCCUAAGGGAAUUUUUCUUUAUAAAUUUGGAAGGCAAGGUACGGGCCCAGGGGAAUUUGAUAGGCCCGCUGGUAUUACUAUCAAUCCCAGAGGCCAUAUUGUUGUAGCUGAUAAAGAUAAUCAUCGUAUACAGGUAUUUAAAAUGGAUGGUACGUUUGUUUCGAUGUUUGGUGAAAAGGGUGUUGAACAUGGACAGUUUAAUUACCCUUGGGAUGUGGCUUGUAACAAACAAGGACACGUUGUUGUGUCAGAUACUAGGAAUCAUCGCAUACAGAUAUUUGAUAGUAAUGGUAGAUUUUUGAGAAAAUAUGGCUAUGAAGUUAAUACAUAUAGGUGGAAAAUUUUUGACACUCCAAGAGGUGUUUGCUUUGCUCCAAAUGGUAAUAUUAUUGUAACAGAUUUCAACAAUCACAAAUUGAUAGUAAUCAAUGAAAGAACAAAUGAAGUACAAUAUGUUGGAAAGGAAGGAUCAGGCUAUGAACAAUUUCUAAGGCCCCAAGGUAUAGUAUGUGAUGAUAAUGGGAAAAUAAUAGUAGCAGAUUCGCGAAAUAACAGGAUACAAGUACUUGAUCUUAGUGGAAACUUUUGCUGGGCAGUUGGAAGCUUUGGAACAGGUGCAGGACAAUUGGAUAGACCUAGUGGCAUCUGUUUGAACCCCGAUGGUCGCAUCACAGUUGUAGAUUUUGCAAAUAGUCGUGUACAAAUGUUUUAGUUUAUUUUUAAUGUUUUUUUUUCUACUUAUUCUAUAUUUUCAAAAGUAAGUGUUUAGUAAUAGGUAUAUAAUUGCGGAGGUAUUUAUUAUACGUUCUCAUUAUUUUUUGCUUGUUGACUUUCUAUGUUUUAUUGAGAAUACAAAAAAUACAUUCCCGUAUAAAAAUUAUUCAGAUUUAGAUACUUCGUAUUAAAUGUAUCGAUUAUUCUAUUUCAGGAUAUGUAAAAUAAUAAAUGUACAGUGUUUAUUAAAAUAAUAAAAAGCACGUAACACGCUUAUGUUAUUUUAAUGUAAUAAUCUUUGAAAAACUGUGCAAAAAUAUUGGCUGUAGAAUGUAACUAAACUAAUUUUAGUGAAAAUCGAUGCAUUUAAAAGUUUAUGAUAUUUCAAAUAUUUGGAGUUAAUUACACGUUUGUCACA